CCAGUUUUGGAUUUUCAUCACGAAAAUGUUCUCAACAAUAACACUGGUUUCUCCAAAGCUCUGUUUCCCUCAAUCACCAUCGACGUUCCUUGUCGAUAUUCAUCUUCCCACGUCUUUAAACCACAGCCAUAAACCCUUGAAGAAACCCAGAAGCAGCUGUAGCAGUACCCAUAAAGAUCAAAGUUUUCAGUGUUUUUCAGCGAUGUAUAAUGAUUACCAGACGAACCCAGAUGAUAAACUUCCCUCUUGUUCUGAUAAUACUGGUAAUAGUUAUUUUGUUAACUGCAAGAACCUUGGCAAUUUGCUUCGAUGUUGUAAUUCGAUUAAAGAAGUUAAAAGGUUACACGCUGUAGUUGCCAAGUGCCGGGGUGAUUCAAGGAUGUUUCUUGAUAAUAAUUUGUUAAGUGGGUAUAUUGGAGUUGGGUGUCUGAUGGAUGCUCAAAAGGUGUUUGAAGAAAUGCGUGACAGAAACGUUGUUUCUUGGACUGCUAUGCUUGGUGGGUAUUUAAAAUACGGGUUUGAGGAUGAGGCCUUGAGGUUGUAUAUGGAAUUUGUUGAGAGUGGGAUACGAGCAAAUUCUAAGACUUUGGUGUGUGUUUUAAAUCUAUGCAGUCGGAGAGUCGAAUUUGAACUUGGUAGACAACUUCAUGCUUGCGUGAUUAAAGGGAAUUCCAGUAAUUUGAUUGUAGAAAGCGCCUUGGUUUAUUUUUAUGCACAAUGUGGUCACCUGGACAAAGCAUUUCGCGUGUUUGACAGGAUGCGGGUUCGUGAUGUUGUUUGUUGGACUACGAUCAUAACCGCUUGUUCCCAGCACGGGCAAAGCAAUGAGGCAUUCGUGUUGUUUUCAAGAAUGUUGUUGGAUGGAUUUGCACCUAACGAGUUUACAGUUUGCAGUGUCUUGAAGGCUUGUGGCGAAGAAAAAGCGUUGAAAUUUGGCAGACAAUUACACGGAACCAUUGUUAAAAAGCUCUUUAGAAACGAUGUUUUUCUAGGGACUUCUUUGGUGGAUAUGUAUGCAAAAUGUGGAAAGAUCGAAGAUUCUCGGAUCGUGUUUGAUGGAAUGAGAAGAAGGAAUAUGGUUACAUGGACUUCGAUCAUAGCAGGGUAUGCACGCAAUGGUCAUGGAGAAGAAGCCAUCAAUCUCUUUCGAGUAAUGAAAAGGCGCAAGAUUUACAUUAACAAGUUAACGAUGGUGAGCAUAAUCCGGGCUUGUGGGAUUAUUCGAGCUUUAGAAACGGGUAAGGAAUUACACGCACAAAUUCUCAAAAAUCACAUUGAAAACAAUAUCUAUUUAGGAAGCACACUUGUAUGGUUAUAUUGUAAAUGUGGAGAUUACUCAUCUGCAAAUAAUGUUCUCCAAAGAAUGACUUCUAGAGAUGUUGUUUCUUGGACUGCUAUGAUUUCUGGCUGCAAUCGUCUUGGCCAUGAAUCCGAAGCUCUUGAAUUCUUGAAAGAAAUGGUGGGCGAAGGAAUCGUUCCAAACCCUUUCACCUUUUCUUCGGCUUUGAAAGCUUGUGCUAAACUAGAAAACAUCUGGAAUGGCAAAUUGAUUCAUUCAUCCAUCAGCAAAUCGCCGGCAUUGGCAAACGUGUUUGUGGGUAGUGCUUUGAUUAACAUGUAUUCGAAAUGCGGGUAUGUAGCGGAGGCCGUGGAUGUGUUUGAUAACAUGCCGGAAAAGAACUUGGUUUCGUGGAAGGCGAUGAUUGUCGGGUAUGCAAAGAAUGGGCUUUGUAGAGAGGCUAUGAAGCUUAUGUAUCGGAUGGAAGCUGAAGGUAUUGACGUCGAUGAUUAUAUACUUGCAACUGUUCUUACUGCGUGUGGCGAUCUUGAAUGGAAAGCGGAUGAAAUCCGUGCGAGUAACGUUCGCGAUCGCAUUGAUCGAUGAUCUUAAAGAAACCAUCAUUCUGUAUGAGAUUUGAGCUUGUUCAAGAGGGCCAAUUUGGUGAGUUCUUGCAGAAAGUGUUAGUGUAGCAUAUAUGUGUUACAUUUGAAUGCUAAUUCAUUAGGAUAAAAUUUGUACAUAGGGUGAAAUUAAUCCCCACCCUUUUCAUAUAAUUGAUUAUA